AUGGUUUUUGUUAAAGGAAGACAAAUUACAGAGGUCAUCUUGAUAACAAAUGAAGCAAUUGAUUUCUGGAGAGCCAAAAAAGCCAAAGGUUAUGUAAUCAAGCUGGAUAGUGAAAAAGCCUUUGACAAAAUCAGUUGGAGUCUCAUUGAUUUUAUGUUGAUGAAAAAAACUACUUUUCAGAUUGGAGGAAAAUGGUUGCUAAUUGUAUAUCUAGCGUUCAAUACUCUGUCCUUAUUAAUGGCAAACCUCGGGGUAGAAUCCAACCAACCAACCAGGUUAAAUCCCCUUUCUCCUUUUAUUUUUGUUUUGGCCAUGGAUUACCUCAGUAGAAUUAUCAAUGAUUUGGAGAGAAAGGGGAAAAUUGGAGGUGUCAACUUGGGCCCAAAUCUUAACCUUACCCACAUUCUCUUUGCAGACGACAUUCUCAUUUUUGUUGAGGAUAACGAUGAGUACAUUUCAAACCUCAAGGUGGCUCUUUAUCUCUUCGUAAAUAUCAACAUGAACAAAUCCACUAUAUCUCCCAUAAAUGUGGCUGCUAGUCGAGCAAACUGGGUUGUGGAAAGUUGGGGGUUAUGGCAGGAUUUUUUGCCGAUUAAUUAA